GCGCCGUCGCGUUUAGGCGCUGACCAAUGGGUGGGCAGGAUGCUAGGGUGAGAGUAUGGCGGACCGGCUCACGCAGUUGCAAGACGCGGUGAAUUCGCUUGCUGACCAGUUCUGCAAUGCUAUUGGGGUGCUGCAGCAAUGCGGUCCACCUGCCUCGUUCAGCAACAUCCAGACCACCCUCAACAAGGACCAGCCAGCCAAUCCUACGGAAGAAUAUGCCCAGCUCUUUGCAGCAUUGAUUGCUCGUACUGCUAAGGAUAUAGAUGUUUUGAUAGAUUCGUUACCUAGUGAAGAAUCAACAGCAGCUUUGCAGGCUGCUAGUCUGUAUCGAUUAGAGGAGGAGAACCAUGAAGCAGCUGCCCGCCUGGAGGAGGUUGUCUAUCGUGGGGAUAUGCUAUUGGAAAAAAUCCAGAGUGCUCUAGCCGAUAUUGCUCAAUCACAGUUAAAGACAAGAAGUGGUGCUCCUAGCCAACCUGUUUCAGACUCAUAGCAGCAUGUUGCUGCAAAACCGGACUAAAAAAAUCCUAUUUCUAAAGAAUUCUGCAUCAAAUGCGUACUGUAAUAUCAAGCCUUACUGUUGUGAGAAUUUAAGUGUUCUGAUUAUGGUAAAUGUAACUUAUUUAAACCUUGUACUACAGUCUCAAUUCUGGCAUGAAAUAUGUAUAAGCUAGGAUUGCUGCUUGUUCUAGAACUGCAUUUAAUAUACUUAAUUCAAUAUGUUAAUUUCUUUUAAAUUUUUUUUAUUUUUUAUGCAUAGAUAUGUCUGACUUAGUCUGGGCUGUUAUCUUUAUGAAGCAAAUGUAGUCUUUAAAGGAACUGUACAAGGUAAAAUACUCUGUGCAUAACCCAGACUUCAAAUCUCCUGUUGUAGGUUUUCCCCAUUGUUAUGUAAGUCUUAAGCACAAAACUAUGAACUUGCCAGAGGCAGUGAGGAAACCAUUAGACAUUCUGAGGUCAACGUAAAUACAUGGCUAUACAUGCUAUGUAUUACCAUUCAAACUGCAUGAUACUGACUGUUUGCAUCUCUUUACCAGCUUACAGCCUACAAGCUUUCCUGACACCUUUAUUCUGUUUAAAACUUAAAGUGGACAGUUAAUCUUAGUAUUUCCUUUCACUUCUGAUUCACAAAUGAGUCUGUGGGCUAGUUAAGGUUUUUGACAUGCUUAAUGGCUGCUUGUAGGCAGCAGAAAGAUUGUAGGUAGGUAGGUAUGUUAAAAGAGACAAUGAGGCAUCAUUCAUUACAACAGAAGUGUUGGGAAAGAAGCAGAAAUCUCCACAGGAGACAGAAGUUGGCAAUUGAAGAAAUGAAAAUAACUUAUUUUUUUUAAUUAAUAGUUUUUGUAAGCAAUUGCUAUAGCUUGUACUUGUGUGUCUGUAAAUGAGAGAAGAAGGCUCCAAGAUACUCUUACCAGUUUCUCCCCAGUAAAUAAACUGGUGUCUUUAGUGCACAAUGAUGAGGACAGUGGAAUCUUUGUCUUGUGUGAAAAAUAAUUUCAAGGGAGAAGGAGCCUGGGGGAAGGGAAAUAUAGGUUGCAAGAAAAUUGCACCCAGUACAGGUUCAUUGUACAAUCUUUCCCUGAGCUGAUUGGUGUCUGGUUAUAGGUGCAUAAAUUAUUUGUUCAGUUGCCUAAUUUAAAAUUGGCUACAUGUAUAAAGCAAGCCUUUCCCAGUAUAUUUAGAACUUACGUUGCUAGUGUAGAGAACAAUGACAGCAUGUUAGAAGCCACAUAUAAAAUGUAGUUGUUUGUUUUUACAAACAUCAAACAGGAGCAUAACAUGAACAUGACUUGCAUGUAAGUGUACAACAGUCUGUUUAGAGAAUUUACCAAAUACAAAGCUCUUUUCUACUUGUAGAUACUACUAAAAUGGAAGUAUAGGAUUUAAUUGGAUGUCACUUGCUAUUUUGAGACCUGCAAACACCUGGAUAAUAACAGAAGAGGAAAAGGAAGCAUGGUCUGUUAGCUCACAUACAAAAGAGCAUGCUGUGGUGGGAUAGGUUGUGUAACAUGAUAAAUCCCUACAGUAAUCUUUUGUAAAUAUCUAUGAACAUGGGAAAUGAAGACUAGGGUUUUUCCCCUUCAACUUUAAAAUGCCAAUCAAGCUUUGUGUAGCAAUAUUUAGGUAUGUACACCAGAAAUUUUGUGUGAAAUCUGUGUCUACUUUGAAGUAGAGAAUAACACUUUUGCUCAAAAGUACUUCAGUACUGCAGUGUGUAUACUGGAAGUGGCAUAGUAAUGAAUUCUGAAUUAACUUAAAUCAGUUUGUUUCCUUUGUGUGCCUUAACAUCAGAGUCUUGCAUUGGCUCUAUUUGUGUUCUGCAAACAGAGCUCACAAGUAGACCCGAAGUCUGCCUCUUAAUUUGGAUGUUCUCUGUAUGGACUCAGUGCCACUAGUUUCAUAUGCUUUAGUGCUAGGAAGCUGCUAAUUCUGGAAUUUCCUCACCUUAAAAGGUUGAGUGUAGCAGUCGUGUCCUGCUUGCUGCCUACUUUUAUGUUAAUAUCUCAGCCAGCUUUACAUUAAAAGUGUGUACUUGUGUCAGUAACAUAAAUCCACACAGGAAUUUAUGUGCAAGGAGCAUUGUCAGUGUUGUAAGUGUUGCAUGCAUAUUUCAUUUUGUCUGUGUAGUUUGGCAAGUGUUGACAAUUUAAUAGAAAUGCUCACUUGUAAUACAAUGAAAAUAAAGUUAGGAAAAGAGUAA